UGAGAAAGGGCUCAGAUUGGGCUGAGUGUGCUGUGCGGUGGAGCGCGUAGGGGCUUCCAGCCGGCGGUCCCAGAAGAACCCGUGGCAAGGCCGUACCCAGCGCCGCCGCCGCCGCCCAGCUGCUGAGACUCUUGCAGCGAGAAUAGCAGCCGGGAAGCUCGCUCACGCUCGGAUGCUUCAGGGAACGAAGUAACUUCGGGAUCGGCUUCCUCCAGCAGACCGAGGAGAGAGCUUGCCUGCUCAGCCGCCCCGCCAGCGCGUCGAAGUGCCUGGACCGAGUUGACUUUCCUGCGCUUGGAAUAGACCGAACUUGGGGGACCUCCCUCAGAACAAGCGGCAAAGGGAGCGAGCAGGCGGCCGAGGAAACUUCGGAGCGAGUCCAGUGACUGAGCCGCGAGCUCUUGACAGCCCCCCCCCCUCCCAGAAGAGGGAGAGAGUCCAACAAGUGUGCCUGGAGCUCGGCGUCGAGGGCGCUCCCCCGAGGAGGAAGGGAGGAGGACUUCGGGGGGUGGAGCAGGAAAAAAAGUUGCCGGGCUUACGAUCCUUCGUCCGUGCCCAGUUGACAGGGGGAUUGCAAGCGUUCCGCCUUCGGGAUUCCCUGGCGGAGAGAGACCCCACCGUUCCAAGAGAGAACUUUUCUUUCGCACUCCGGAUUCUGGAACUGAUACUCCCCUCGAUUCGCCGGAGCUGAAAAACGCCUGCAUGACAAAUCCAGCUCUCGUCUACUGAAAGAGGGCAAAAAAAGAAAAGCCAAGCCAAUGUCUUGUGGCUAAAAAGUAAGACUUUAAUUCAUCACUCCUCUCUUUUGCUGAAGGGCUCUUUCAUUGUUGAGUUUCUUUUAAUUGCUCUCAGGGGUUGAACUCUUGCGGCCAGGCUCGUUUUUUUAAGUGGAGGCCAACAGAAAAGCUUCCUUUCCCUGGUCUGUUCUUGGCUGUAAGAGAUCCAACUUGUGGACUGUAUUCUAUGACUGCAAAGAUGGAACCUACUUUCUAUGACGAUGCCAUAAACGCUACCUUUGUACAGCCAGAAAGUGGUACUUAUGGAUAUAACAACCCCAAAGUUCUGAAGCAGAAUAUGACUCUGAAUCUGGCUGAUCCUGGCAGUAACCUCAAGCCCCACCUGAGGAACAAGAAUGCUGACAUCCUCACCUCCCCAGAUGUAGGCCUCCUCAAGCUGGCAUCUCCUGAACUAGAAAGGCUGAUCAUCCAGUCUGGCAAUGGCUUGAUCACCACCACUCCUACCCCAACCCAAUUCCUUUGUCCCAAAAAUGUCACUGAUGAGCAGGAAGGGUUUGCUGAAGGCUUUGUUAGGGCACUUGCAGAACUACACAACCAAAACACCAUGCCCACCGUUACUUCUGCUGCCCAGCCUGUUAACAGCGGCAUGGCCCCUGUCUCAUCCAUGGCUGGAAACAAUAGCUUCAGUGCCAACUUGCACAGUGAGCCUCCAGUCUAUGCUAACCUCAGCAAUUUCAACCCAAAUGCUCUCAACGCGGCACCUAACUACAAUGCAAACAACCUGACUUAUCCUCCACAGCAUCUAAACCCCCAGAUGCCUGUGCAGCAUCCCCGCCUCCAGGCUCUGAAAGAAGAACCUCAGACUGUCCCAGAGAUGCCUGGGGAGACGCCUCCCUUGUCCCCUAUUGACAUGGAAUCCCAGGAGAGGAUCAAGGCAGAGAGGAAGCGCAUGAGAAACCGAAUUGCAGCCUCCAAGUGCCGGAAAAGGAAAUUGGAACGGAUCGCCAGGUUGGAAGACAAAGUUAAAACUUUGAAAGCGCAAAACUCAGAACUGGCAUCUACUGCCAAUAUGCUGCGAGAGCAGGUUGCCCAGCUGAAGCAGAAGGUCAUGAAUCAUGUCAACAGCGGGUGCCAGCUAAUGUUAACACAGCAGUUGCAAACUUUUUGAAGAGACUCGCAGUAACUGUGAUACGGAGAAAUUAAGCAAAAGAGAGAUUGAGGAGAUGCAAAGCUCUCUUGGGGGUGGGAUGGGAAGAGAAGGCUGCAAGGCGUUGAUCCCUGCAGGAGCUCCCCCAAAAGCAUGUGUGGAGAGACUUUUGGCUUGCCAUUUGGCUUGAGGUGGUGACAAGCCAGUCAACAGUACUGUUCCUGCUCCAAUGAGGCACAAGAAUGUUUUUUUUAAAAAAAAAACAUUGACCAAGACCUGCAUGGACCUAACAUUCAAUGAUCAUUCAGUAUUAAAGGUUAAACUGCAGUAGACACUGUAGAUUGCUUUCGCUAGUACUCCUUUUAAGAAAAAGUUGGGGAGGGAGUUUGUGGGAAGCUAACAGAAGCUGAACUAUACUGCCUGCCUUUGAGUCAAGUUGUGUAUGUACAUAUCUUUUUUAUUUUAUGAAAGCUGAUUAAUGUCAAUAAAACUACUUCAUGUCUUUGUAAGUUA